AUGAAGAUCACUGUUCCCGAGGGACCGAAGUCAAACCUUAUUCAUGCUAUUUGCCGUUUCAUCAAUUUCAAUGAUGAGGGUGUUAUUGAGACUGGAGCUGAGUAUUCUUUCGACGACGGAAAGACUACUGUUACGGGGUUAAAGGCUGUGAUUGAGGCAAUCGUCUCCAAGGAUAAGAAGACCGCUGUUCUGCUUGGAGGAGGUGCUGCAGAUAAGAAGCUUGUCUCUGACGCUCUUGACAUCGUCGAGGAAGUCAUGAACGGCACCUUGGCCGACCGUGUCUUCCUGAUCCGAUUGAGCCACAUUCUGCAGAACCAGACGUUUGUCGCUCUCCCCACUGCUUUGUCUGUUGCGGAUUAUGCCUGCUUCUACCUCGCGUCUCUCACCUUCAGUACCUUCAAGGGUUACAACGGAUUCGUGAACGUGGUUCGCUGGUAUUCGUACAUGCAGUUCACCGCGGCUGCUGCCUGCGCCGAUCUCUCCGUGCCUCACAUCGACUUCGACUACGACGCGAUUAACAUCCAUAUGCCCAUUCCCCGCCUCGCGGAGGUGAAGAAACCCGCCAAAAAGGCCGCCAAGGAAGAAGCUCCCAAGGAAAAGGCCUCUGCCCCCGCGGCAGCCCCCGAAGGAGAUGCGGACGCGAUCAGCAAGCUGGACAUCCGUGUGGGUCGCAUUAUCCGUGCGUGGAACCACCCCGAAUCCGAGAAGUUGUACUGCGAAGAGGUCGACGUGGGCGAAGCAGAACCCCGCCAAAUUGGUUCUGGAAUCCGUGCCUUCCACACCUUCGAAGAGAUGCAGGGCCACCGCGUGUGCGUUCUGUGCAAUCUGAAGCCGCGUAAGCUGGGCGGCUUCCCGUCGAACGGCAUGCUGCUGUGCGCUUCGACCGGGGACCACGAGCACGGAGCGCUGAUCGACCCUCCGGAAGGAGCGAAGAUCGGCGAGCGCGUGACCUUUGCGGGGUUCGAGGGCGAGCCGGCGACGCCUGCGCAGGUGCAGAAGAAGAAGUAUUUGGAGGCGGUGCUGCCGUUCCUGAAGACGAACGCGGAGGGAGUGUGCUGCUUCAAGGACGUGCCGUUCAUGACGUCGGCGGGUGUGGUGACGUGCACGAAGUUCCCGAAUGAAGGAAUCUCAUAGAGAGGAUUUGUGAAUGAAUGAGUGAAUGAGUGAAUGAAUGGAAAGGGGAUUGAUUGAUUGAUUGAUUGAGCAAUUGGUGAAACAUGGCUA